AUGAAGCUACCUUCACAGCCUACUUACUCGCUACACGAAGUUAGCAGCACUUUGCAUUGGGCUGCCUUUCCGGUAGAGAUUCGACUGAUGAUUCUCAAAGAGUUUCAUAGAGAAGAUGGAAAGCAUAAUUUAUCAGACUGGGCAACCGUUUGCAGUGAAUGGCAAGCCUACUUCGAACCGAUGAACUUUCGCAACCUCAAGCUUCAAUUUCCCGGUUUUGAUAUUGAUGAAUUUAACUCAAUAGUCUGCGACUAUCGAAGACAUCUAGUCAAGAAAAUCUCACUUCACGUGAUAAUAAAGGAGUACGAUACUAUCGACAGGUUUGACAAACCGGAGACCAACGCUACGAUUAAAGCAAACAACAAGCUCUUCACCCAGGCUCUAAAGAAGCUUUUCUUUUCCCUCUCCACCUGGGAGGCUAGUAGCUCGGACACAGGAGGCGUUGAACUAUGGUUGAGCGCUAGCUCCCCUAGUGAUGCAGAUCACCCGUGGAAACACCGCCAUAACUUCAGUCAACCUGAUCGAAACCGUAUAUACUCCUUGAACUCCAAACAGCGCCUUCUCGGCAACUUGAUAGACGUUAGCUAUAACGCUCUCAAACUUGCUACGGUCUCUAUUAUCACGCGUUUCUCAGUAAAUCAAUAUUGUUAUAGGAGUCUAUCAAGUACGUUACUAGUAAAAAUACUUUCAAGCCUAAGUCGUCUUAGAACUAUUAACUACGAGCCAUGGCAUACGGUUCAUCGAUCAGGCGAACUUUCGCGCGACAAGGCUAUUAUCAAACUACUCGACUAUAUCAGUAAAUCUACUACCAUCAAAUCAUUACAUCUUUGGGAAGCGCAGUCUCGGCUACAUAGAAGCCCGCGUUUUCUUAGGUCUACUAAUAACGAUCUUAUAUUAUCGGCGGUUAAUGCAAGUUAUAACCUUAAUAACUUUACUUUAUGCCACGCUAUCGAUGCGAAGUACUUUUUUCAAUAUAUAUCGCAGCACGUAUCUAAGAAGCCUACCGAUGCUUUGAAUAAUCUCCGGGUCUGGCCAGCCCUCAGACACCUAGCCUUAACAACUUACAUUGGAGACCUGAUUAACCCGUCAAACCUGGAACGCCUACUUCUUAAUGCAAGCCAAGCUGCUUUGCAUAUGCCCUUACUAAAAGUAAUGGAACUAUGGGCCCCGGGCGUCGGCGAGGUUUUCCUCUUCAGAUAUGAGAUUCGAAAGGAUAAGGCCAUGCUUACCAUGGUGGCAUCAUGGCAACUCGAACUAAGUAAGGACGUUGUAAAGUCAUGGAAACUAGUAGCAUCUUACUGUGCGCAACGUGAACUCGCUUAUGAGAUAAGGCUGGUAGGGUCGGAGAGUACGACGUCGCAAUCACCAUUUGCUGGUUGCUUCACAAUGCGAUUGGGGAAGGCACUCAGAGAAUGGAAAUGA